UUAAUUUAAGGCUUAAUCAACAGAAGAAAAUGUCUGAUUUAACCACUCUCAAUCGUCUCCUACCUUCAACUAACCCUCCACGUAAAUCCCCGCUGCGACGCCCCCUUCUUUUUGAAUCUUCACAACACCAUACCCGGUCAACGGUCCUAAAUCUCAACUAUAAAUUAUAAAAGGACAAGAACAGAGCAAAGCCGAUGCGCAUUUACUCGAUUCAUCUAUUCGCCAAGCCGACGAAUUGAGCUGGAGCUUUUGAUUUUAGAGUUUUCGAUCCGAUGGUAGUGAAAUUAGGUUUGGCGGUUUCGGUUCUGCUGCUGCUCUCUGUUUAUUUCUUGAAGGUCGAAUCGAAGUGCAGCAGAGGCUGCGGUUUAGCUUUGGCGUCGUACUUCGUAUGGCCCGGAUCGAACCUCACGUUCAUAAGCGAGGUUUUGCAGUCGUCGGUUGCGCCUCUUGGAGCCUUCGAUGUGAUUCUUAGUUUCAACAAGAACGUGAGCAACAAGGACAGCGUCCAGGCGUUCACGAGAGUCGAUGUUCCCUUUCCUUGCGAUUGCAUCAACGGCGAGUUCCUUGGCCACGUGUUCGAGUACAACGUUCGGUCGGGUGAUACGUACGAUAAGGUCGCCAACCCGAACUACUCGAAUUUGACCACGCCACAGUGGCUGGAGAGAUUCAAUAGUUUUAAACCGAACCUAAUACCUGAUACUGCCCAACUCAAUGUGACGGUGAAUUGCUCAUGUGGGGAUAGCUCGGUUUCCGAUGAUUUCGGGUUGUUUGUCACGUACCCGCUCCGACCAGAAGACAGUUUGACCUCGAUUGCCAGCCAGACCAACCUUUCGGCUGAUUUGUUGCAAAGGUAUAACCGUGAAGUGAAUUUUAGUCAAGGGAGUGGAUUGGUAUUUAUUCCUGGGAAAGAUGCAAGUGGUCAGUUCCCACCCCUGCACUCAAGCAAAGGAAUCAGUGGUGGGGUAAUUGCUGGAAUAUGUAUAGCUGUUGCAGCUGGGGUGCUUUUAGUGGCAUUUGGUACAUAUUUUGUAUUUUACAGACGGAAGAGGGUGAAGGGAGCAAAGUUGCUUUCAACAGGGCCCCAUUAUCCGUUAGCUCAACAUGUACAUGCUCCUGGAAGUGAACCGGACAAAAUCACUGAAUCAACUGGUCCAACUGAUGGUGUCUCUCCGGGCAUAACAGCCAUCACCGUAGACAAAUCAGUGGAGUUUUCAUAUGAAGAACUUGCCACAGCAACCAGUAACUUCAGUAUUGCUAAUAAGAUUGGUGAAGGUGGCUUCGGGUCUGUUUACUACGCAGAACUGAGAGGAGAGAAAGCCGCAAUCAAGAAGAUGGAUAUGCAAGCAUCAAGAGAAUUUCUGGCUGAACUAAAGGUUUUGACCCACGUACAUCACCUGAACCUGGUAAUGGAUUUUUCUUCGUGAUUACAUGAUAAUCUGAUCAAAAGAAGAUGAAUUGGUUUCUGUUAUCUUUACAUAAGCAAUCACAUUAAGUUUUAUCAGGCAGAUAUCUUUCAUAGUACUUGUUGGAACUAGCAAGAAAUUAAUAUUUUAAAUCAUAGUCUCUAUUUAUAAUUUGAAUCAUUUAUUACAAAAAGUAAUCUGAAUCAAUGGCAUCAAGUGAUUUCAUGGCUGUAAAAGGGGAAUAGACUAAAAAAAGAUGAAUCCAUGGCGGUUCUUAAUUUAAGUACCAUUGCUUACACUGAAUGUAUAAACCGAAGUCUACUUCCUAAUCUUCCAUCAUAUAUGAAGCCUUUAUGGAUGAUUGCGACAAACUAUGAAAUAACCCCUUUUUAUCAUUUAGGCUGUUCUAAUUAUUUUGCAGACUGGCACAUAUGAUAUACCUUUAUAUUUAUUAUUACCUUCCAUGAUAAAUUUGUAGCACCAAUUUCCUUCAAGCAUGACAAUCUGAGGAGGAUUGGCUAUAUCAUUUUAUCCAUCAACAGUUUCUACUCAAUCUAAUUAGUGGUCUAGAUAAUGUCAUAUCCUUAGUAUCUUUUUCCAUGAAGUGGCUGCUGUAAUUCUUGGACCAAUGAUCUUAUUCUCUACUGAGCACAGAAAAAAGGUAUCAUUUGGUUGAAGCACCAGAGACUGAAAUUACGCUAUAAUUUCCUAUGGCUGAGAUAUGGUACUUAUAGUACAGCAAUCUAGAAGCUGCUGUA